CGCUUAAUUAAACUAUUGGUCAUAUCUCAUUCUUCAUCACACCAACUGUAAUCGUUUUGGCCUCACUCUCCAACCAACGCCGUCACACUUUCCCAAUUGGAACAACCUUUGAAUCCUAUUCGAUCCUCAUUCUCUUAAACCAUUUCUUCACUACUCUUCUUAUUCUCUCGCUCUCUUUCUAAUCUUUCCAAUUUCAACGUCAAAAACCAAUUCAUUCAUCCUUUCUUCUCAACAACAUCAUGACCGACAAUGAAGAACCGAUGAUCAUACGCGGAAAAAUUUCUGAACUACCGUUUAACAAAUACAAGCGAUGGCAAUGGUGGUUUCUAGUGGCACUCAGCAUAUUUUUUCUUAUUGUAGGACAAUCUGCUGCAGUUAUCCUAGGAAGAUUUUACUAUGACCAAGGUGGAAACAGUACAUGGAUGGCUACUUUAGUCCAAACUAUCGCCUUCCCAGUUUUGUUAAUUCCAUUCUUCGCAAUUCCUUCUUCUCCUUCAGAGGCUUCAACUUCUUAUGUUCCACCUUCCAUCAAAGUCAUUGCUGCCAUAUAUUUUGUUCUAGGAAUCAUGAUUGCUGCUGAUAAUAUGAUGUAUUCGCAAGGACUCUUGUACCUCUCUGCUUCUACCUAUGCACUGAUUUGUGCAUCUCAGUUAGCUUUCAAUGCAGUUUUUUCGUAUUUUCUCAAUUCUCAGAAGUUCACUGCUUUGAUCGUAAAUUCCACAGUUGUUCUCACUUUAUCUUCUUCACUUCUUGCUGUUAAUGAAGACUCGGAUACACCGUCCGGUGUCCCGAAGGGAAAAUACGUUGUUGGUUUCCUUUGUACACUUGGAGCUUCUGCACUUUACUCGCUUUUGCUGUCUCUCAUGCAACUGACCUUUGAGAAGGUUCUUAAAAAGGAAACAUUUUCUGUUGUUUUGGAAAUGCAAAUCUAUACUUCACUUGUUGCCACUUGUGCUUCUACUAUAGGCCUAUUUGCGAGCGGAGAAUGGCAUAGUUUGCACGGAGAAAUGAAGGGUUUUCAGAAAGGAGAACUUGCUUAUGUAAUGACUUUGGUUUGGACAGCAAUAGCAUGGCAGGUUUGUUCUGUUGGUGUGGUUGGCUUAAUUUUUCUAGUGUCUUCUCUAUACUCUAAUGUAAUUAGCACCGUGUCUUUGGCUAUUACUCCUAUUGCUGCUGUUAUAGUUUUUCAUGAUAAGAUGAACGGGGUGAAGAUAAUUUCUAUGCUUAUGGCUCUAUGGGGUUUUGCUUCAUAUAUCUACCAGAAUUAUCUUGAUGAUUUAAAGGCAAGACGUGCACGAGGUGUUGUUCCAAAGCCUCGCGAUGAAUCUUCAUGUUGAGAAUAUUCAAUUUUCGCAAUAUGCAAUAAAAUAACUUCUUUGCUGCAGUAGCUUAGCUUUAGAAUUUAUUUCUUCUUCAGUCCCACAGAAAUAGAGUUAGUAUAUAUAUGAGGUCUUGGUCAUUCUGGAUAUUGAACUGUAUAAUUUAUUAUAUAAAUGAAAAGGUUAAUUGGUGUUUUGUUUCCAAA